UUUGUUUCCUAGCUACGCUCUCAGGAUCCACACGAUCCUCUGCUCUUGGUGAACAAUGCAUGCUCUUGGUAGGGUUAUUAUCCAUCUUGAUCUCUCUUGCUUUUAAGAUUUGGCUGAGGCUUGCUUUCAGAGCCUUUGAUCUCUUAUCUCGCAGGUCUUGGACUUGCUUUGACAUCAAACAGCCCCCUAUUGCCCUUUGAAAGAACACUCAGGCUUGCCUCCUCCCUAGAAAGCACCAAACAAGAAAAGGAGGGGGCCAAGAAUGCUGCGCUCUCUGGGGCAUCCAGGCGGCCUCUGUGGGAGGGAGAUGGUCUGACCAGGUGCAAUAAAGAGCUGAUGGAGGCUCUGAAUCAGGGCAGGUGAUAUGGGUGGUGACACCUGAUAGAUGCCAAAUAGUAUUUGGGUGCAUCUUGACUUUCUCCCCGGUCCCUUGAGUUGACCCACUGCUGUCACACAGGCAGGGGCAAAAUCUGUAUGUUUUACAAACCCAGUUUUUAAUCAUUCACAGUUACAAGUGUCCUGAGUGUGUUUGAUGUCUCCGUAGUAGUGCAUUGUUGGACCACCCACUUCCUGACAUCUUUGACCCAAACUCUCAGUUCCCCCUUACCUGUUAGUCUCCAUCAUAGCUUCCUUUCUCUCCAUCCAUUGCUCCCCAGUGCUGCGUCUCAUGCUCUGUGCUCUGUCUUCUACAUCAGGGGUUCAUAACCCAGGGCUGGCGUGGCUUUGGAAGUCUGGAUGUCCAAAUUGAAAGUUUUACCUCCCUUUUCCCUCUAAAACUGGUUCCUUCUCCAAUGUUUGCUACCUCGGCAAAUAGCGACAUAAUCACUACCCUUCAUCCAUGCCAGGGACCUGAAAGUCACCUUGUACCUGGCCAUCGUGGACCGACUGUCCUUUCAUGCAUCGUGAACCAGGCAUUUGUAAAACCCUCACCCAUGAAGCCUCAAGAUUUCUACUGAGUGUCCUGGAGCAUCAGAGCUGUUAGUUUUCCGCAAGGUUUUAUUCUGAAAAUCCUCAAAUUUACAGAAAAUUGAAAGGAGAGUUCAGUGAACAUUGUGUGUGCCUUUGCCUUGACAACAGUCUGCCAUGUUUGUGUCCUGUCUCUCUCCGUUUCUCUGAGCCACUUGGAAGUAAGGUACCGACAUCCUGACACUCAGCCCUAGAUCCUUCAGCAGGUAUCGCGCGAGAAUAACAACAGUCUCCCACAUAAGCACAGUAUAUUAGCACACCCAGGAAAUCGAACAUUUAUUCACCUCAUGUACAGACUACAUUCAAAUUUCCCUGUUUCCACAUGUCUUUUAUGGCUGUUAAAGAAUUUUCAAACUCCAGGUUCCAAUCAGAGUUCACACACUGCAUGUGAUAGUUAUGUCUCUUUAAUCUCUUUUCAUCUAGAAUGGUCUCUCCACUUUUUGUUCACUAUUUUUCACCUAACUCUUUUGAAGAGCCCAGGCCGGAUGCCUCAUAGACUGUUCCCCAUUCCGCUCUUGCUGGUCACCUCCUGAGGAGAUUCAGGUGAAACGUGUUUGGCACCAAUACAGCCCAGGUGAUGGGUAUCCCGUGGCGUCCAUCAGGAGAACAUGCGGCAGGUUUGCCCACUGUGGGCCACGGGAGGGUUGGUGGCGUGGUGAAGGGGCUCCAGCAGACCCCUCCCCUGCCUUCUUUCCCCCUGUAAUUAGUUAGGAAUCUGUGAGUGAUGUUCUUGAGACCAUGUGCGUAUCCCAUGUCAGUGUCCCGUCCCCGGACACUUUUAGGAUUAUUGAGUGAUGAUUUUUGCCUGAUUCUAUGAUUAGACAGGAGCUGAAAAGGGUGCUUUUUUAAAAAUUGUUUUUAAGUUACUUUUUGUUUGUUUUUUUGGGGGGAGGUAAUUAGGUUUAUUUGCUUAUUUAUGUGUUUAUUUAAUGGAGGUGCUGGGGGUUGAACCCAGGACCUCAUGCAUGGAAACACGUGAUCAGAACAAUUACCUCCUAAGCCGGCUUCCAGGCCUCCAUUCAUGGCCUUCUCUAACCCAUCCUCUGUGCAGGGCCACCAGGGAGAUCUUCCAGCGCAAAUCUGACUGCAUCACCACCUCCACUGAAUGGAUUCCUGUCACCCGUAAGAUAAGCGAUUCCUCAUCAGGGCAUUGAAAACCACCUAACCUGGCUCCAACUCUCACCUUUACCUUUGUCCCCCACUGUUCACCUGAAUCCUUCAUGUUCAGAGCUCACUCUAAACAUCACCUUCUCUGGGAGGCCUUCAUGGACAGCCCUCCACCAUCUCUGUUCCCAGAGCGCCAUAAACUUACUCUGUCCUCUCACUCACCACUCUUGUCACUAGACUGUAAGCACCAGGAGGUCAGAGAGCGGGCCUGGCUCCCUACUGGGUGCCCAUGACCUAACAAGAGCCUAACACACAGUAGGUGCUUCAUGAGUAUUUUUUGAAUAGAUGCUCUGUGCCAGGCGAGCACAGGAGGAAUGGGCUGAAUGAAUUGGCUGUUCUGGGCGCCUCGACCCCGGCCCAAGUUUCUGAAGGUUAAGUGCUUCCUUUCAGAAUGAAUCAGGUGCCGCUGCGUCUGCUUCCAGCAGGACGUGCUAACCCAGCAUUGCUUCAGUUCCAAUCGCAGGAGACUCCUGACCGGCAGCGGGCGGAGCAGAGUCAGGUGUUUGUUUGUGGAGCAGAUGUUGCUAAAUGGAGGCGAAGGGAACAGGCUGUCACUGAGCUUCUCCAGGCUUGAACUGGAACCACCAUGGGUUAAGAGGUUCAGAUUUCAGCUCCCAGAGGGCAGCGUCCCUGCCUUGGAUGAGGAAUGGGAAUUAGUGUCACGGAGAGUCCACUGGGAAGGUUUCCUUCCCUUGGGUCAUUAGCAGAGCCUGAAAAGAAGGAAAAUCACGUUCGGUUAGAACGGAUGAGUGCUGAGAACACCGCGGGGGUCUGCUGCACUGGCCAGAAGGCAAGGCGGGGUGGGGGAUGGGGUGGGAAAGCAGACCACGGCCAACCCCCCCCCCCGCCCCGCCUCCAGACCUCCCUGAAUGACCCGCAGGGCAGCACCUUCCGGUGCCUGAAACCCCGCCCGCAGCAGAGUACAGCAUCAGAUCCGUCCUAGUGGGACGAAGCAAAUUGCAUUAACCACGUGGCACGUGGCAGAAUCACAGAGCAAACCACUGCCGAGUUUAUGCAUGGAUUCCCUGGGGGGCAGAGAGAGGGCUGUGUGCUCAUCCCCCUCCCCCCUGCCAUCCCAGCCUUGGACAGACUUUGCACACAGUAGGUGCUCGGGGAGGCUCUGUUGAUUGGACUGGGACAGAUCAUCUGCCCACAUGUUGACACCACUCCACUGUCCUGGUUCCUAUCGUAUUGCACGUUGGCAAGUUUGGGGGACGCCAGGCCACUUUAUCCCUCUAUUAAAGGCUUGGACAGAACUGAAGCAGGUCUGCGAAGGGGAAGCUGAUUCACAAGGAUCUUGCCUCCCACUGUGGCUUUCCCUCUGCCCCCCCCCCCCGCUCCCUGGGGCAGAGCUGGGCUCUAAGCACAACCAGGCCCACCCCCACGAGAGGCACUGAUUCUCCAGAGAAAAACUCAAGGUUCUGUCCAGAACUGUGUCCCCUACCCCGUCGCUGCAGUUUUCGUCCGGACCUAGGAAUCUCAUUCCAAAGGAGAUCUGUUUGUUUCUUUCUGUUACUUUAUCCUCAGGCUUACGCUACCCAAAGAGAGUGACUAAGGGGAAACAGAAUAUUUUCAGCCAGGGGCCAUCACAGUUGCUGUAUCAAGUAUCUUUUGGGGCAGUGGAUUUCAUGACAGGUGUGUUUUUAUUCGGGAAAAAUAAUGCACUUAAUUUAGAGGGAUGGACUUCCCUUCCAAGAACAUGCCCUCCCUCUCUCCCCUGCCCCCCUCCCACCUUCCAGUAUCGUCUACAGUGAUGGCAACCACCGUGUUUAGCCUGGAGAGACCACGACACCAUAAGCCAGAAGACCCCGCUUCCAGUCCAUAUUUUUAAUGACCAUAUAAACUCACGGAGCCAUAGUUUUCUCCUCUUUCAGGUGAGCAUCAGCCCUGCACCACCAGCGUGGAAGGGAUGGGGGGGGAUUAGUGAGAUGAUCUUGAGGGGACAGCGGUCCUCACUGGGACAGCAAGAUGUGAAUGGUGCCCUGUGUUGGUCUCAGCCCUCUUUCAGGCCAGAGACCUGAAGGCCAAGGCCCAGAGUGGAAAGGGGACUGGGUUGGGUGUUUUCUGAAAUUGCCCUUGCCCUAUGAUUGGGUAUUUUUUCCUUUAUUUAAAAAAAAUUGAUUUUAGUAAAACAAAACCUACAUCCUUUAAAAAACUAUUUUAUCAACGUAAUACAAGUACGUAGAACAAAAAGUCAAAUGGUACUAAAAGACACACUGAAAAGCACUAGCCUUUUCCCCUCCCACACCCUCGCCCCCUCUUGCUCCCCAGAAGGACCCAUUCUUACAGUUCUUUCUUCUAUUUCCCUUUGUAUUUAUCGCUCUAUUUCUAAUUGACAUUGUUUCACUCUUCUCUCUCGAUUUUCCCUAUGAAUACAUCCCUUGACCUCCCACAAUGGGAGGUAAGAAUGUGCUUCUUCCACACCAUGACACCAUCACUUUCUCCCAGUCAGUCCCCCCACUCUCCCAACGUGGUCACAUCACAAUUUUUGGUCAAAGCAAUGGUCACUGUUCACUUGGUUAUGACUGUGCAAAUAGUGUUCAACUCAGAUUUUUCCCCAACCAAAUUCUUAUCUUCUUCCCCAAACCUGCUGUGGUGGUUUUAAAACAUAUUCACAAAUCCUUGGACUCUCCUUGCAUCAAGAGAGGGAACUGAUCCCCUGCCUACUUGAAUACGGUGACUUGAUUCUAAGGAGUAGAAUGUAGCUGCAGAGAUGCUGUGCUGCCUCUGAUGCUGGGUCAUAAAAGGCGAUGUGGCUUCCCUCUCUGUUGUGGGACACACUCUGUGGAGCUCUGGGCAACCAUGUAAGGAGUCCAGCUCUUCUGAAGCCACCAUGGUGGAGAGAGCAUGUCGAGAGACCACGGUGGGAGACAUAGAGAGGGAGAAAGAGAGAGAGAAAGGGACAGAGGCCAUGAAGAUACGGAUGUCUGAAGAGCCCCACCUGGUCCGUCCUCCAGCUAUCCUAAUCUUCUAGUCCAACCAGCAAGUCAGACAUGUGCAACUGAGCCCAGUCAACCCCCAAAACCAUGAGAGCUAAUAAUAAAUAGAUGAUGGUGGUGGUUUUAUGCCACUAAGUUGGGACUGGUUCGACAAGGGAUAACAAGGUCAUUGCUUCAACUUUGGUCUCCUCAUCUCGUUGACUGCCCCUUCAUCUUUCCAGUUGCUCAGACCAAAAAUCUUGGGGCCACUCUUGACUUCUCUCUUUCUUUCAUACCUCACAUCUGUUAUGUCAAGAAAUAUUUUGGCUCUGCCUUCCAAGUGUACCCAGAGUCCACUCACUUCUGUCCACACACCUCCAAUCCUGGUCCAAGCUGCCAUCAAUCCUCUUGGGCCAUCAUGAUUGGAUCACUGUACUAGCCUUCUAACUGCAAUAACAUCUCUUCUUUUCUAUUUUUUUGAGGGGAAGGGAGGUAAUUAGAUUUUUUUUUAAUGGAGGUACUGGGGAUUGCACCCAGGACCUCGUGCAUGCUAAGAACACGCUCUACCACUGAGCCAUACCCUCACCCUGCAAUAGCAUCUUACUUCUACCUUUCUCCCUGCUAUAGUUUAUUCUUCACACAUCAGGCAGAAUUUUCCUGCUAACAUGUGAGUCAGAUCACAAAACCCUGCGGCAGUGCCCAUCUCACUCAAAGUCCUCACAGUAGUCUGCAGAGCCUUCACAUCCUGGUCCCUCUUAUCUCUCUGACAUCAUCCCCUAGUCUUCUUCUCCCCCUAAUUCUGCUCCAGCUCCACUCUUCUUGCUAGUCCUCAGAUGCAUUAGGCUCAUUUCUAUUUUAAACCCUUUACAUGAGUCAUUCUUUUAUUUUAUUUCCAGAACUAAUCAUUACUUUUUGUUUUUUAUUUGCUUAGCAUUCCAUAUACCAAUCACUAAUUUUUUCCCCAAGUGCAUCAGCAUUUCUGGAUACUAUUUUCUAUGUCCUCAAACAUGUCCUUUUCUUUAUUCCUUGGGUGCCUCCCUUCUGGUCCCCUCUCUAUGUAAUCCUGGCAUUUCCUUUCACUGCCUUCCUGUAUUGAAUCCCAUGAAUUCUAGUUCCACAACUCCUUUCUUAAUUUACUUUCUCAUUUGGUUGGCACACAUCCUGCAGUAGCUGUUUCAGAGAAGAUACAUGUGUGAGGUAAAAUUUAAAUCCUUGCAUGUUUGAAAUGUUUUAUUCUACUUUUAUUCUUUAUUGAUCAUCCAGUUACAAGUAUUCCAGGCUGAAAAUCAUUCUCACACAGGAGUUCAAAGGGACUGCUCCAUUAUUUUCUAACGUCUUUGUGGCUAUUUAGAUGUCUAAUGCCAUUCUGAUUUUCUGUACUAUUUUUUUUUUCUGGAAGCUUUGAAAAUCUUUUCCUUAUUCAGGGUCUUCUGAAAUUUGUGCUGGCAUAUCUUGGUGCGAAUCUUUAUUCAUGAUGUCAGGCACUUAGUGGGACCUUUCAAUCUGGAGAUUCAUGUCCUUCAGUUCUGGAAAAUGGUAUUGUUUUUGCUAGAACUUCCUUCCUCCCAUUUCUCUUUUCCCCUGUUCUCUCUUGAAUUCCUACUAGUUGGAAAUUGGAAUUCCUGGACUGGUCCUCAUUCUUAUCUUUCCUCAAUUAUUAUUAUUUGUAAACCUCUUGAACUCUUAUUCUGCAUUACCUCUCGAACUUUCUUUUAAGUAUUUUCUUCUUACUCUCCUUUUUAAAUAUUUCCAAAAUCUCAUUCUUGUUUUCUCAUUAAUUCCCUUAAAAAUAACAUCCUACUCUUCUUUAAUGACUAUAGCGUCUUAUUUUAUUUCUCUGAAGGAAUUAUUUAAAGAACUUUUAUUUUUUCACAUUUUUUUCCUGCUCCCAUCAGCUCUAUUUCCUCUAGAUUCCUUUCUCCUGCUUGUUUGGGUCCCUGUCUUUCAAAUGUUUGAUGAUCCUGGGCUGCCCAUUCUUGUCUAAACCCGAUUCACUAAAAAGAUGAAUAGAGGCUGUGAAGGAGUGGCUGGGUUUGUCAAUGGGAAGGACUUAGUACAAGGUAAUUGAGCCUUUUCAAUGGGGGCGUGACUCCAAAAUGUCAGACAUCAGAGUUCUUUUCUCUGAAGCCAUCAGUUCUCCAGAGAACUUCUCAGAUCUGCCGGCAGUGCAGGUGGGAGGGGCACGAUGGGGGUGUGGAGAGGGCUGGGGUGAGCCUGCCUGCAAUUCCUGUUCAUUUUCAAAAGCAGAGGAGGUCUAACCACCCCCUCACAUGACCUUUAGCCCCCAGUUUUCGUGCCAGGCUCAUUCCCAGCUUCUGGAGACCUUGGUCCUCCAAGACCCCUGAACUUAGAGUUCAACAGAGCCAACCCCCUUCUGCUGGUUGGUCUCCUUGUCUGCAGAGACACAGAGAGUGGUCCCCAGUUCCACCAAAUCAGCCAUCCACCUCUCCAUCUUCCAAAUGUUUGUGGGACUGUCUUAGCCAUGCUGUCUCUUCUCCCAUUUUCUCCCUUAUAGGUUUAUAUGUAUUUAUUUUUAUUCCUUUGCUGCCAUUUUAGGAAGGCCUUGGAAGUGGGAAGUCAGCCGUCUGCCAUGCUUCCUAAGAAGUGGGUUGCAUUUAAUAACAGAAUUUGCUGUAUCGCUCAAAGAAAAGGGAGGGCAGUUAAAAUACUCAAUUUGUGUGCAGGAUGUAUCUUCUCGCUCAUAAUCCACACGUGCUGUCCGUGAGGGGCCAGCACAUCAAAUUCCCAGAUGAUGGACUGCCCUCCGAGGGCUGUUAGGAACUUUCAGUGAACUAGGACAAGAGAGAUGUGUGUUAGCGCAGUGCCUGUAUUUGAGUACCGAAGUACAAUUACAGUUUGGAAUGUACUUGACUAAGGGCUCUGGAGAUUUCGGUGAACGCCUAACUAUUCUGUUCUGUGUCCAAAAGCAAGAGCAGUCUUCUGUGAGCUUCUCCUGGGAGGUCCACCAGCCCCUGGGUCUCAGGCUCUGGAUUUUGAGGAGGCGGUGGGGCAGUCCCUCCGGUCUCGGCCACUCAUGUACUGUGCAGAAUUGGCAUACAUGGGGCAUCCCGGCUCAGCCAGAACGUUCUUGCUUCUUGGCAUGAACCCAUCUCUUUGCAAACCCAGACACUGUGUGUCUUUCUCCUCAGCCCUCUUCUAAAGUUUGCUUCUACCCAUUCUUGCCCGUACACAUCUUUUUCAACAUUCAAGUCACUCUUUAAUUUGUGAGAAAGAGAGCUGGGUUCUAGUUCUGCCCUUGCCAUAAACUGCCUGGAAAUAGCUCAGAGGUGGCAUCUAGAUUCAGUCUGCCCCAGUCUGAAUCCCAGCUCUGCCACCAAUUAGCAGUGUUCCGUGGGUAAGCCCUCAAUCCUCCACGGCCUCAGCCUCCUCCUCCGUCCAAAGGAGAUGAUAAUAAUAGGUCCUAACACAGAGCCCUGCUGCGGGGAUUAAAGAGCUAAUCCACUGUGAAGUGCCCAGCCUGGUGCUCAGCGUUCAAAAAAAGCCAGCUGUAACUCUGAUUAUCUUUCCCAAGUUAAACCCUCAGGCAAACUUUGUUGCUUCGAGCACAACUGGAGAUGAGGACUCUUAGGGGGGAUGAAACUUUUCAAACGGCUGAGGCAGAGGAAAUGUGAUCUCCUUGAUUAUGUCUGUAGCUUCUACCAGACCACAUAGCAACAGAACAACAUAGCAACUAAUGAAAGCAAUUCCGUUUUGUUCAACCCGUCAACUUGAUUUUUUUUUUAAUGUCAUUCUGACUUAAAAAAAGAAAAAACAAAACCUCCCUGAGUAGUUUCCGCAUCACAUAGACAAACCCCCGUGGUAAAAGUGGCAUUUGAUUUUUGUUUCGGCUCAAAAGCAGUACUCAUCACAAAUUUAUAAACGAAUCCCAGACUCCCUCGUUUCUCAUGAGCCUGUUAUUUUAUAAGCUAGUUGCGAGAUUGUUACCACAGUGCCCUCUAGUGGAACAUAAUGAUUUCCUUGAGUUAGGUUGCUUAGAUUUUAAAUAGGAGUCCGUUUAUUUAUUAUUCAUAGUAUUAGGCUCAUUUGAAGAUAGGACUUAUCCACAUACUUCACGAAACUUUAAAAAAAUUACUCAUGAUUUAUUUUUCAGUCCUUUGAACUGUAAGGCUUGGUUUUCACCAUCUAAGUUUCUACCUUCUCGCAGAGCUGUUCCACCACGUGGGCACAUCCAUCCUACUGUCGUGGUUCUCUGGGUUCAGAGAGAUGCUCUCAAAUUAGUCCACAGGAAUUCUGGAGGAGCGGGGAGAGCAAGCCAAUUGUUCUGCACAGGAUAGGGGGUGCAGUUAGAAUUCCCAAGAAACUGCCUGAAAUCAUCCUUUUGUGCCAGCUCCUAUCCAACUUCUCCCCAGCUGGAUGCGCUGAAGAUCCCAGAAGGGCUCAGAGUAUGAUGCCCCAAAAUAUGCCAUGUUGGCACUAGGAUUAUUUUGAGAUGAAGGUAACUGAGAAACAGCAGAUCCAGGAAAAGUUCUCUGCCCUCCCCUUAUCUGCCUAAAAGUAGGGCAUGGAUUUUCCUUUAAGGAAUGUGUCCCUCUGUCUCAUGAAGAAGAGACUAACUUUUAGCACUAGAGACUGGGGUCACACUGAGAUGGAGCUGCAUAGACAGACCUCACUAAAAUAACCCUUAUCGUCCAUUAGUUUCCCCAUACAUUUCCUAGUCACUUUUCCAGAAUUUAUCACCCCUAGAAGCCCAGGUCUCCUUCCCUUUGUCUAGUCACUUCUCCACAGUGUAUUGCCCUUUGUUAAAAUGGUAUAUAAGCCCCCGUGUCUAGCUGCUUCUUUGAGUUUUCACUUCUUUUUUGGGGAAGCUCCCAUGCACACAAACAUGCUAACAUCAAUAAAAAUUGUACUUAUUUUCUUCUACGCGUUGUCAGUUUAAUUUGCACAUCCCCAGAGACAGAACAUAAGCGGGUAGAGGAAAAGCUUUUCCUUUCCUACAAUCCCAGGUGUGGAGUUAAUUGUGAAAAGGGCAGGAGGUGGGUUAGCAGCCUUUGCUCCACCCACCAGGGAGCAUCUUGCAGCUGGUUUGACUCUUGAAUGUUACUGCUUCAUCCAAUUCAGCACCUUCAGCCGCUGUGCCUGACAAGUGGCUCAAGACAAGAAACCAACCACACAAAGAGCCCAGUGCACACUUUGUCCUGCCUUAUCUUGACUUUCAAGGAGCUUUGUGUGUUCUAUGAAAUGCUAAUCCUCCAGGGUGAAAUCCAACCUGGUUUAUCCUCAGAGCUACCAGGGCCUGCAGUGACGUGUAUUAGGAGAUGCAACAGACUCCAAGUUUAGUCAUUUCAGAGGGCAGAAGCAGCGGAGGAGAGCCCAGCUGGCAGGACUCAACCAUAAGCAUUAGUUCUUUGGUAAGGGUCUCAGGGUUUUUCUAGUUCCCUCCACCCCAUGGGGGAGGGGGGAGGAUUAAAUCUGUCUACGGAUGCAAAAUACAAUGGCGACCCAUGAUCAUAAUUUAUACAGCUAAUUUCAUGUACUUUGACCAAUUCUAUCACAUUCCUAGCAGGUCCAAGAAAUUUCCCUUCCUGUAACCUGCGGUGGGGGGACCCCAGGGUCGGGGCCUCCAAAGGAAACCAUUCAGGGUUAGUUCGCUCCAGGUUGCCGCCCCUUUUUCUCGCCUAAGUAGGAAAGGAGACCCGCCUGCCCCACGCACUCAGGAGCCGGACCACCUUCUUCAGGUGUCCUUGUGAAUGCAGGGCUGGGGCUGGGACUCGGGCCCUUCCCCCGGUGGGAAACCCGGGCUCCACUCCCUGCACACCCACCAGCAGCCGAGACUGGGGACUCCCCUGCUUGUGGGUGGGGCGGGGCAACUUCGUUCCGAGAGUAGCCCCUCCUCUGAGGGGUGCGGAAUAUGAAUAUGCAACAUGAGCUCCUGGGCGCACACCUGGACCAGCCACGUGUUUAAUAUUCAUGACGCUUCGUGGUUUCCCCAGGCGCUAACGAAGGGCUCGCGAGAUGUUAACGGGGCGGGCUACACGAGGCAAAGCCUCCUCUGACUGGUUGCCCUUAGAGGGAGGCUGUCUUUGAUUGGCUGGCAUAAAGGGCGGAGCUGCAGGUUUGCCAUUUGGGCGGGAGAUUUGAAUACCCAUUUUCUUCAUUUCAGGCCGUGUGGACAAGGACCUAGGCCAGCAAUCCGCAUUUCCCCCCAAACUGUGUAAUUCCUUUAUUUUUUACUUAUUAGUACCUUACCAAUACUAUAACCAUAAAGAACAUACUCCGAACACUACUCUCAGUCUGGGAGCUCCAAUCCACUCCUUUUGUAGAUGUAAAAACUACUUCUGACUCCUAGUCUGAGUCCGGCCACCGCCCUAGUCUGUCCUCUGAGGGGCAGGCCUGGGGUGCGAGGACCGGCGCCUCCGCCCACCUCCUCUCAACCCCCUCGCAGCCGCGGCAAACCCAGGAAUCUCUCGCGCCUAACUCCCUGUAGCGCCAGGUUUGUGGCUUAGCGGUCCCGGGCCAGCCGACGGCUGGGAGGACGGACGUGGAGGCACCGUCCAGCCCAACCCUGAAGCACACCUGGGGAGUCCCAGAUCCAGUGAGAGCAGUGCGGCCGGAGGUGACCCAACCGCAGAACUCCCGACUCCUAGCUUGGGGUUUUGGUCGCUGUCUCCUGCUUGGUGUCCCGCGUCUUCGUGGUAGGUUGAGACGGCCGAGCAUCUGGCCCGAGCUCUCCCAGGCCACAUUCCUGUGUCUCCAGAGCUGGGAAAACAUAGAACUCGCGCCUGCGCAGAAUCUUCCAGCGAUGCUGCUUCGCGCUAGACCGCGCCCCCUUUGCCUUGGUGACGCGUCAUUGGUUGCCAUGGAGACCGUGCUGUUAACCUCCCAGUUCUACAAGAGCUCCGAGCUCCAGCUAGGGUAAGGAGCCUCCCACCCUGAAGUUGCGUAGUAGUUCUGUCCUUGAGGACUUUGGAAACCUCAAAUGGCCAGAAUACUACAACCUCCACCCAAAUUCCUGCCCUCAGAGUGGCACAUUGCUAACAAGAGCCAGUACCACAGAGCAGAAGCCCAAAGGUCUCGGUCCGAGCGUCUGGUGGCAGAAAGCCAGAGGCUUGUGGAUGAAAUUGAAAAGACCACAAGAAAAUCUCAGAGCGAUGUGAACAAGAAACUAGAACAGAGACUUGAGGAAGUCAGUUUCUGGAAGAAGGAGUUGGAUGACAAACUUGAGCAGCUUGUAUAUGCAACUGAAGAUCUGCUCGCAUAUCAGACCAGAUUGGAGAAAGCCCUGGAGAGCUUUAAAGAGCCCUUGCACAUCACUGAGAAGUGCCUGGAAUACAGGGAGAAGCGAGUUGGCAUCGACUUGGUCCACGAUGAAGUGGAACAGGAGCUGAUCAAGGAGGCCGAGAUCAUCCGGGGGGUGAUGGCCCUGCUGACCCGCACCCUGGAGGAGACGUCCGAGCAGAUCAGGCUGAACCGCUCCUCCAAGUACAAUCUUGAAAAAGAUUUGAAGGACAAGUUUAUGGCCCUGACCAUUGAUGAUGUCUGCUUCUCCCUCAACAACAACUCGCCAAACAUCAAAUAUUCUGAGAACGGCGUGAGGGUUGAGCCAAAUUCUGUGAGUCUGGAGGACUGGCUGGACUUCUCCAACACCAACGUGGAGAAGGCAGACAAGCAGAGGAACAACUCCCUGAGGCUGAAGGCCCUGGUGGACCGCAUCUUGUCCCAGACUGCCAGCGACCUGCGCCGGCAGUGUGACGUGGUGGACACGGCGUUCAAGAACGGGCUGAAGGAGACCAAGGAUGCCAGGGACAAGCUGGCUGUUCAUCUGGCCAAGGUCAUGGAAGAGAUUGCCUCCCAGGAGAAAAACAUUACAGUUCUGGAAAAAGCCAUCCUCGACCAAGAAGGGCCCGCCAAGGUGGCUCACACACGCCUGGAGACCAGGACACAUCGGCCUAACGUGGAGCUGUGUCGCGAUGUGGCACAGUACCGACUGAUCCAGGAGAUUGGCGAGAUCACCCACAACGUUGCGAGAUUAAAGAAAACCUUAGCCCAAGCUCAAGCAGAGCUGAAAGGCCUGAAUUGCAGGCAGCUCGCCCUGCAGGAGCAGAUCCAGGUCAAAGAGAACACCAUCUACAUCGAUGAGGUGCUGUGUAUGCACAUGAGGAAGUCCAUCCCCCUGCGGGACGGCGACGACCAUGGGGAGUGGGCCCGGGGCCUCUGGUCCGAUGCCGUCUGCUGAGAGGAGGCUUCUCGUUAAGCCAUUCUUAAUAAACCAUGUCAUAAAACAGUA